AUUGUCUAGAGCAAAAGGAAGAAAAGCAAGUAAGCUUGCAUAUUACAGACUGGUUUCUGAACAUAUUUCUAAUACAGUGGGGUUACAGAAGAUGAUAAAGAAAUGAUAGCAGCUCCAGAAAUACCAACUGAUUUUACUCUCCUUCAGGAGUCUGAAACACACUUUUCUUCUGAUACAGACUUUGAAGAUAUUGAAGGAAAAAAUCAAAAACAAGGCAAAGGAAAAACUUGUAAAAAGGGAAAAAAAGGCCCAGGGGAAAAGGGGAAAGGUGGAAACGGAGGAGGGAAGCCUGGUGGUCCAAAUCGGAUGAAUGGGCAUCACCAACAGAAUGGUGUGGAAAACAUGAUGCUGUUUGAAGUAGUUAAAAUGGGCAAGAGUGCUAUGCAGUCUGUAGUGGAUGACUGGAUAGAGUCAUACAAACAUGACAGAGAUAUAGCACUUCUUGAUCUCAUCAACUUCUUUAUUCAGUGUUCAGGCUGCAAAGGAGUUGUUACGGCAGAGAUGUUUCGACACAUGCAGAAUUCUGAAAUAAUCCGAAAAAUGACUGAAGAGUUUGAUGAGGAUAGCGGAGAUUAUCCACUUACUAUGGCUGGUCCUCAGUGGAAGAAGUUCAAAUCCAGUUUUUGUGAAUUCAUUGGAGUACUGGUCCGGCAGUGUCAAUAUAGUAUCAUAUAUGAUGAAUAUAUGAUGGAUACAGUGAUUUCACUACUUACAGGACUAUCAGAUUCACAAGUCAGAGCAUUUCGACACACUAGCACACUGGCAGCUAUGAAGCUGAUGACUGCUUUAGUGAAUGUGGCAUUAAAUCUUAGUAUUAACAUGGACAAUACACAACGGCAGUAUGAAGCAGAGCGAAAUAAAAUAAUUGGGAAACGAGCAAAUGAUAGGCUGGAACUCUUGCUACAGAAAAGGAAAGAGCUUCAGGAAAAUCAGGAUGAGAUAGAAAACAUGAUGAAUGCAAUAUUUAAAGGUGUUUUUGUGCAUAGAUACCGAGAUGCAAUAGCUGAAAUAAGAGCUAUCUGCAUUGAAGAGAUUGGAAUUUGGAUGAAAAUGUACAGUGAUGCCUUUCUUAAUGACAGCUAUUUAAAAUAUGUGGGUUGGACUAUGCAUGAUAAGCAAGGAGAAGUAAGACUCAAAUGUCUUACUGCUUUGCAAGGGCUUUACUAUAAUAAAGAGCUUAAUUCCAAAUUGGAACUCUUUACCAGUCGAUUCAAGGAUAGAAUUGUGUCUAUGACUCUGGACAAAGAAUAUGAUGUUGCAGUUCAAGCAAUAAAAUUACUUACUCUUGUUUUACAGAGUAGUGAAGAAGUUCUGACGGCAGAAGACUGUGAAAAUGUCUACCAUCUAGUUUACUCAGCUCAUCGACCAGUAGCAGUAGCAGCUGGGGAAUUUCUUUAUAAAAAGCUUUUCAGUCGCAGAGAUCCUGAAGAUGAUGGAAUGUUGAAAAGAAGGGGGAGACAAGGUCCAAAUGCAAAUCUUGUCAAGACAUUAGUGUUUUUCUUUCUGGAAAGCGAAUUACAUGAGCAUGCUGCGUAUCUUGUGGAUAGCAUGUGGGACUGUGCAACAGACCUCCUGAAGGACUGGGAAUGUAUGAAUAGUCUUCUGUUGGAGGAACCACUCAAUGGGGAGGAGCCUUUAACGGAUAGACAAGAAAGUGCACUGAUUGAAAUAAUGCUUUGUACAAUUCGACAAGCAGCUGAAUGCCAUCCACCUGUGGGAAGAGGAACAGGGAAAAGGGUGUUGACAGCAAAGGAAAAGAAAACGCAGUUAGAUGACAGGACAAGAAUUACAGAGCUCUUUGCAGUGGCACUUCCUCAGUUAUUAGCAAAAUAUUCUGUGGAUGCAGAAAAGGUCACCAACUUGUUACAGUUACCGCAGUAUUUUGAUUUGGAAAUCUAUACAACAGGGCGAUUAGAAAAGCAUCUGGAUGCCUUACUGCGACAGAUCCGGGAUAUUGUAGAGAAGCACACAGAUACAGAUGUUUUGGAAGCGUGUUCUAAAACAUACCACGCACUCUGUAAUGAAGAGUUCACUAUCUUUAACAGAGUUGAUAUUGCAAGAAGUCAGUUAAUAGAUGAAUUGGCAGACAAGUUUAAUAGACUUCUUGAAGACUUCCUGCAAGAGGGGGAAGAACCUGAUGAAGAUGAUGCUUAUCAGGUCCUGUCAACAUUAAAAAGAAUCACUGCUUUUCACAAUGCUCAUGACUUGUCAAGAUGGGACUUGUUUGGUUGCAACUACAAGUUAUUGAAAACUGGGAUUGAAAACGGAGACAUGCCUGAACAGAUUGUUAUUCAUGCACUGCAGUGUACUCACUAUGUAAUCCUUUGGCAGCUAGCAAAAAUUAGUGAAAGCAGCUCCACAAAGGAGGACCUUUUACGUUUAAAGAAGCAGAUGAGGGUGUUCUGCCAAAUCUGUCAGCACUAUCUGACCAAUGUAAACAGUGCUGUCAAAGAGCAGGCUUUCACAAUUCUCUGUGAUGUGUUGAUGAUUUUCAGCCAUCAGAUUAUGACAGGAGGAAGAGACAUGCUAGAGCCACUUGUUUACACUCCUGAUUCUUCGUUGCAGUCUGAACUGCUAAGCUUUAUUUUAGAUCAUGUCUUCAUUGACCAGGAUGAUGACAACAAUAGUGCAGAUGGACAGCAAGAUGAUGAAGCUAGCAAGAUUGAAGCAUUGCACAAAAGAAGAAACUUACUUGCAGCUUUUUGUAAACUUAUUGUAUAUACUGUGGUGGAAAUGAAUACUGCUGCAGAUAUUUUUAAGCAAUAUAUGAAGUAUUACAACGACUAUGGAGAUAUUAUCAAAGAAACAAUGAGUAAAACAAGGCAGAUAGACAAAAUCCAGUGCGCAAAGACACUUAUUCUUAGUUUGCAGCAGCUCUUCAAUGAGAUGAUUCAAGAAAAUGGUUACAACUUUGACAGAUCAUCACCAACGUUCAGUGGCAUUAAGGAACUUGCUCGGCGCUUUGCUUUAACAUUUGGACUUGAUCAGCUCAAAACAAGAGAAGCUAUUGCAAUGUUACACAAAGAUGGCAUAGAAUUUGCUUUUAAAGAGCCUAAUCCACAGGGUGAGAGCCAUCCACCUUUAAACUUGGCAUUUCUUGAUAUUCUGAGUGAGUUCUCCUCCAAACUUCUCAGACAAGACAAAAGAACAGUGUAUGUUUACCUGGAGAAGUUCAUGACUUUUCAGAUGUCUCUACGAAGAGAAGAUGUGUGGCUUCCACUCAUGUCUUACAGGAACUCUUUAUUAGCUGGAGGUGAUGAUGAUACUAUGUCAGUUAUUAGUGGAAUCAGCAGUCGAGGCUCUACAGUAAGAAAUAAGAAAACAAAGCCAGCAACAGGGAAGCGGAAAGUACCUGAAGCUGAAGAAAGCAGUAGUAGUGAUAGCAUGUGGCUGAACAGGGAGCAGACAAUGCACACACCAGUCAUGAUGCAGACUCCACAGCUCACUUCCACAAUCAUGAGAGAGCCCAAGAGAUUGCGACCUGAAGAGAAUUACAUGGGCGUCUAUCCUAUGCAGCCUGAACACCAUCAAGCUCCACUUGAUUACAACACACAGGUAACGUGGAUGUUGGCCCAAAGACAACAAGAAGAAGCAGCUAGGCAACAGCAGGAGAGGGCAGCAAUGAAUUAUGUCAAACUGAGAACCAACCUUCAGCAUGCCAUUCGGCGUGGUACAAGCCUAAUGGAAGAUGAUGAGGAGCCAAUUGUUGAGGACGUAAUGAUGUCAUCGGAAGGGCGAAUUGAAGACCUCAAUGAAGGCAUGGAUUUUGACACCAUGGAUAUAGACUUGCCACCAUCAAAGAAUCGGAGAGAAAGAACGGAGCUAAAACCAGAUUUCUUUGACCCCGCUUCAAUCAUGGAUGAAUCGGUUCUUGGGGUGUCAAUGUUUUAAUACCAGAUCAGCAAAUAAAUCAGUGGUGAAGUCAUUUUCUAAGUGGAAGAGGAAGUUUUUAAAUACAAAAUUGUGGUAGAUACAGUGAAAUUCUGAACAGAUUUUUCUCUAAGGAGAAUGACAUGCUUUCAAGAUCAAGUGCAUUGAAGGGGCAGUUUUGUUUGCCUGAAAAAUGAAAUGUAAAGGACAAGUAAACAAUUUGAGGAUAAGCUACAGUUUUUGUUGGAAAACCAAUAUUUUAUUUAUGUGUUAUCAAUUUAUUUCAAAAUCAUAACAAGUAUUGCCUCCUUAGUUUUGAUCUAAAAGUCUGAGAGGGGUUUGAUACCAAUUUGUUAAGGCCCUCUCUUUAUUCUUUGCCUGGUUGUACUAAAUCGAGCUCUGCUGGAUUCCUGUUUACAUCUGUGGACUGAAAUGGUAGAUGGAUUGAUUUCCUAGAGUAGUAGAACCAGAAGUUUUGACAUUUGAAAUUAAAUACUUAAAUUGCAUCAGCAGAAAUUUUGUUUUAAUUAUGAUAAUCACAUAAAGUAAACGUAGCAGAAAUUUUAUCAACACUCUUUUCAUUUAAAAUGUUUUUCAAAUCCCAAAGCAUCACUAUAACCUUCUCUGAAAGGUCCAGAAACCACGAACUUCCAGAAAGCAACAGAACUCAAUCUUGCGUGCCCAUUAUCAACCCUGAAAGUUUGCUUGUCCUUUAAGAAAAAAUGUAAUGUUGUGAAAUUCCUUCCAGUAGUGCCACUGUAUUUUGUCUCCAAAUAAAGAAGCUUAUUGUAGUAUGUUUGCAGAAAAAUUCUAAACAAAAAUUAUACAGCUUAUUAGAGUGUGGGAAUAGGGAUCUAAAUUUUAAAUAAAAUUAUAUAUAUAUAUAAAUUGGUGCUGAUUUUAUAAUUGCGCAGUUUGUUUAGUUUUUUCUUACUUUUAAAUUCCAACUUAAAAUUAUGAGGUUUCAGAAAUAUAUUGAAAGUUUAACAAUGUUUAAAAAUAGAAAAGCAUGAGAAUUCAUGCUUUAAAAUGAUUUUUAAAUUUGUAUUUUAUAUUGUUUUAUCUAUCUGUCUUUGCAAGCAGUCUUCAGGUUAAAGAUACUUCUAACAGGUUACAGUACAUUUCCUCUGUAUGUAAAUUAGAUUGGAUAAUAGAAAUUCAUAAACAACCCAUAAUAUUCUUUGAAAGCUAAGCUUUAAACUUCAUUUUGUGUCCUUUCAUAAAUAAAUUAAAUCAGUCUAAAACAGAAAGUGGAUCUAUGCCAUUUUGACAUCAACUCAUUUUGCAAGGCUUAGGCAGCUAGACAUCAUUUUAAAGGAAAUAUUAACUUAUAUUACAUAUGUAUAUUUUUUGUCAGUUGUCUCUCAGUUCUUGAGGUAUAUUAUUUUAAUCAUUCCAUGCCUUAAUAUGCUUGCAAUACAAGAGUCUCCCCAAAUGGGUGAGUACAAAAAGGCUUCCUGUUUUUAGAUUCAGAAAUUAAACAUUGGGCUGUGGUAGCCAAAAACCAUAGGUUAUCUAAAGGAUCAUGAUAAAAUAUAAUUAUUUUACUAAAUCAUGGGGUAACAACAAACUCAAAAACAGAUCUGCCUAACUCAUUUUACGUAAAUAAAUAUUCUCAUGUCUAAAAGUACUGCCUAUAUUGUUUUUCACACCACUGCAUUUAAUAGAACUGCUGAGAGGACUGUAUAUAUGAUUUUAAACUUAAGUUGAUUUUUUUCUUACUCUUGAAGGAGUGUUUCUUUGUGAAAGCAGUUCUUACAGCUUUAUGUUUUCAACCAGCUAAAAAUGUUUUAUAUAUUUACCUUAACCUGUUGUCCUCCACAUUCUAUUGUCCUAAUUGUACUGUUUUCUGAUUUGUAUUUAUGUCUUGAGACAGUAACUUUUUGAAUAAAAAUAAACCUACAGUA